CACACACUGUAUUCUGUUUCCAUGUUUUUUAAAAAUACCGGUCAGUUUUUUUCCUAGUAAAAAAAUCAAUAAUGAUAUGUUUUUUUCCUAGUCAACCCGAUCGAGAUCCCAUCCCGUUUAGAUCGGGAUCAGGUCGAUCCCCUUUCCUCUCCUCUUUCCUGUCCUCGUUUCCUCUCCUUUCUCAUCGUAGCCUUCUCCCUCUCGGCCAUCGGCGCCUCCCCCUCAACCUCACCCUCCACCCCUCCCUUCUCAUCGUAGCCUUCUCCCUCUCGGCCAUCGGCGCCUCCCCCUCAACCUCACCGGCGCCUCCCCCUCAACCUCACCCUCCACUCGUGCCACCUCCCUGCCUCAACCACGACGUCCGACGUGCUGCCCCCAACUCCACCUUGGCCUCCGCCCUGGGCCACCUCCCUGAGUCGACUGCAUCCUCCAUCAGCGUCGCCGCCAACUCAACCUCAGCCUUCUUACGGCGGCCAUGGAGGCAAUGGCCAAGGCGGCAGUGGCCGCGAUGGCGUUGGCGAAGGUGGCCAUGGCGGUGACAGCCCCGCGACAGCUGCGACGGCCAAGGCGUGCAGGCGGCCACGAUACUGGUGAGCAGUGGUAGGCGUGUGGGCGGCGGAUCCGGCGGUGGGGAGGCUCGAGGGCGACGGUGGGGCUGGUGGGCAGUGGAUUCGGUGUUGGGAGGCGCGCAGGCUGUGGCGAGGAUGGUGGGCGGCGGGGGAGGUGGGCGGGCGGUGGCGAGGCUGGUGGGCGGCGGAUCUGGUGGUGAGGGAGGCUCAAGGGCGUGUAUCCGGCGUCUUAGUUCUAGCCGACUUCCAAGCAUACUUCAUCCCGCCUCCCGAAGUUACCGCCGUCGCCUACUUCCUCGACAUCGCCGCUCGUGGGAGCCGCCGCUGCGAGGAAUUGCCUCAUGGUUUGUCGCCUUCGUCGAUUUCCUGGCUCCCUCAACACCCGGACACCCAAGCGCCUUGCCGGUGAGGGCCGCCGCCAAGCUUCCGCCGCUUGCCGAGGCCGUGCACUGCCACUUGGAGCUUGACACCGCAAGUCAAAGCCAUCCCCCGAAAUCAGGCCGAACUGCUUAUCCCGAAAAUUGGGGUUUUGGGGGGCGGCGCGGCGACGGACCAGCGCGACGAUGGACCAGCGAUUCAGCGGCGACUGGAUGGCUGGCGGCGGUACAGAGAUAGCAGCUCGUUCCUUCCUCCAGUGAUGACUCCUCCCCUUCCUCCAGCGAUGGCUCCUCUCUCAACAGCAUGUGUUCCUGAAGCAGAAGUAAUCGAUUUGGAGUCGGCUGAAUGCAGGAGCGGGGCAACCAUGGCAAAAUCGACGGGCCAUAGCAGUGGAUUUCAUCCAAAGCAGCAGGGUCACAGGAAAAUCAGUUUGUCACCACAGUCCAAGGCUUUGAAGGUUUCUGGCACAAGAGGCAGCCUAAAUAAGACUGUUGCACGGGUGGUAUCCAGGUAUCGGCAAAGCAGAGUUUUAAAUAGACAGAAGAAAGACAACACUAUCUUUGGUAUCAACUGCAGGUGUCAGCCCAAAUGCGUAGUGAAUAUCAUUAAAGAAUUCGAUGAUAGGAAGAAGGAGUUGAUUGGUGAAAUUGGAUUUGAUGGACUUUUGGAUAUCAAGCUUACUAAGGUAAACAGGCAGUUUGGGGCAUGGCUACUAAGCAAAGUUGAUCCGAAAUCAUGCGCUACUGUUAAAGAUGUCAACCAGGAGUUGCCAUUCGGUUCCAAUGAUGUGAAUGCAGUUUUUGGCUUGCCAUGCUCAGGUCAACCUAUUAUCCCUUGCUCUCAAGAUGAAUUGGAUGGGAAGAAACAAAUAUUGUGUGAAAUAUUUAAGAUACCAAACUUUUCACACCUGAAAAUAUCACUCUUAAAGAGAAUCCUAAAGAAGCAGUAUGGUUAUCCCAUGACAAUAGAUGAAAAGAGGGUUUUCAUGGCGGCUUUUGUGCUUUAUGUCACAACGAAGCUUUUGGCACCGCAAUCCUGUGCAAACUUCAUAUCUCCUAGGUCUAUUAUGGCUGUUUCUGAUGUUGACAAUAUAAAACAGUACAACUGGUCCCAAUUCGUUGUAGAUGAGGUGAAGAAAGCAGCAGAAUCAAUGCCCACCUGCUUUCCGAAUAAGGCUCAACUAUCCAUUAACGGGUGUAUCAUCUUUCUAAUGGUAAAAUACUUGAGAAAUCUCCUGUUCCGGAAGGUUGGGAUCACAUGUGUUAAAACAUGUCACAUUUCUCAGUUUGAGGAUGAUCAAAUUGCUAGGAUGAUUCAACAAGAUGUAGUUAGUAAACAUAACCCAGGAUUCCCCUUCCCUCGUUAUGGGAAACUCCAGUUGAUGAAGGAUCCAAGAGAAAACAACCCCCAUGUGCCAGAGCUAUCUCCCCUAAACUUAUGCUCCUGUUCGAAGAUCCCAUCUAGAGCCAUUGAUGGCGGUAAAAAUUUAAUAAAAUUCCUGGUUUCACACUUCUCUUCGUUAGACGUACAUAGAAGUGUCGGGUCACAGGCAUACGAGGAGUUGAAAUCUUCCGUUCAGGAUGGAUUCGAUCGGAUCGAUAAGAUUUUGCCUACCAUAUCAGAUUUCGUCGACAUAAGCACCAUGCAAACUGCUAUUCACGCAUCUAACCUAUUCAAGAGAGCUUUCAAGACUAAUAUUACAGUGGCAGUUAAGAUAGUGAUAAGGGCAGCAAUAACGAAAGUUAUUGAUACCAUUGAGGAUAUACAAGGGCCUCUCCAUCCAUGGGGAGACACAACUGCCAUGGGAUACCACACACCCACAAACUACUCCACACAUGCUACAAAAGAUGCUAGUCAAUUGGACCAACCAACCAACACGGUCAAACGUUAAACGUUAAACGUGAAUAGUGUAAAACUGCACUUAUUUUGGAUGGAGGAAGUAUAUCUUUAGGCCGUGUUUAGUUGCAAAUUUUUUCUUCAAACUUUUAACUUUUUCAUCACAUCAAAAUUUUCCUACACACACAAAUUUCCAACUUUUCCGUCGCAUCGUUCCAAGUUUAACCAAACUUCCAAUUUUGAUGUGAACAAAACACAGCCUUAAUAUAUCACCAAGCUUACACUACAAAAAUGAAUAUAUCUUCAAUCACCAUGUGAAAAUAUUCCAAAAAUGAUAUGUAGAUAUAUCAGGUAACCUAAAAAUAUGUCAUUCGUUGAGACAUGUCAUUAGUUCAGACAGUAGCCUUCACUAUUUGUAAAUACAUUUCCAAAAAUAUACAUAGUUUUUCCUUAAAAAAUAGAUAGCUUCAGACAAGUACUUGCGGCGGUGUUCCAGACACAAAAACAUCCCAUGUAUGCACAUUAUUUGUGCCAUCAUAUAAUUGAUAUUUAUAUAUAUCUCCAUUCACCAAAAAAUGCAUGCACAUUAAGGCUGUGUUUAGUUCACGCCAAAAUUAGAAGUUUGGUUGAAAUUGGAACGAUGUGACGCAAAAAGUUGGAAGUUUACAUGUGUAGAAAAGUUUUGAUGUGAUGAAAAAGUUGAAGUUUGAAAAAAUAUUUCGGAACUAAGCAUGGCGUAAGGCUGCGUUUGAUACUUGGGGUUAGGAACCCAACUCGACCGCACGGAAAACGGAGCGGUCUAUUAGCGCGUGAUUAAUUAAGUAUUAGCUAAUUUUUUUAAAAAAAAUGGAUUAAUUUGAUUUUUUAAAGCAACUUUCGUAUAGAAA